GAGGAUUAAAGGCUUAGAGAACUAUAGGCGGGUCGACGGGAGCCCGACACGGAGCAGUAACACCUGAAAAGGAGGAGGCAGAAGGACAUAAAGGUUGUACAGUAUAGUUGCUGUAUGCAGUGCGAAGCUCCUGUUAUUAAUCAGGAAGUGCAGGGCAGUGACUCUGCGUCUCUUCCUGAACCGUACGGAGACACCGGAGCGCCGGGACAUGGUCACGGUCUGAAGAUGCCUCCCAAAAGAGUAUUUCCCAGGCAGGAGUCGCUCCUGCUCCCAGCCGUGAUCAAUCCCUUCCGCGUGGACAUCAAACUGACCAAAUGCGACAAAAUUAAAUGUUUUCUUUUGGGAAUCAUCGUCGUGCCACUGCGGGUUAUCUUUCUCUUCCUGGUUCUUAUGGCAGCAUGGCUCGUUUCUUCCCUAAUCACGUUCAAGUGUCCUCUCAAAGGAGAGGUGGAACCUUUCACUGGCUGGAGGAGCUUUUUGUCUCAUAGAGUAAUGGCGGUUCUGGGUCGUCUGUGUUUCUUUGCGAUGGGCUUUCGUGUUAUAGUCAAGGGGAAACGGGCGACCAGCAGCGAGGCUCCGAUUCUGGUUGUGGCUCCUCAUUCUUCAUUCUUUGACUCUAUCACAUGCAUUGUAUCAGGCAUGCCAUCUGUAGUAUCCCGCGCUGAGAAUCUACUUGUUCCCAUGUUCGGCCGAUUUCUGCGCUCCCUACAGCCUAUCACUGUUUCACGGGAAGACCCAGACUCGCGCAAAAACACAAUCAUGGCCAUCAACAACCGGGCCAAAUCUGAAGGCCUCUGGCCACAGCUGCUGAUUUUUCCAGAAGGAACAUGCACAAACAGAUCGUGUCUCAUUACUUUUAAGCCUGGUGCUUUCUUACCAGGGGUCCCUGUUCAGCCAGUGCUAAUUAAAUAUCCCAACAAACUGGACACAGUAACAUGGACAUGGCAAGGACCUACAUUCCGAAACCUGGUCGCCCUCACCCUGUGUCAGCUUUAUACGACAGUGCAAAUUGAGUUCCUUCCCCCAUAUAUUCCCAAUGAAAAAGAGAAAAGCGAUCCCAUAAAAUUUGCACAGUCUGUGAGGACACAAAUGGCAGAGGCUCUGGGCGUGCCUGUUACAGAUCACACUUUUGAGGACUGUCGACUGAUGAUCUCAGCAGGCCAGCUGACUCUGCCCAUGGAGGCGGGGCUAGUGGAGUUUACCAAGAUCAGCAGAAAGCUUGAUCUGAAAUGGGAUAACAUGCGGAAGGAGCUGGAGAAUUUUGCUGCCAUUGCCCAGUCUUGUAAAGGAGGUCGAAUCAGGAUUGAGGAGUUUGCCAAUUUUCUCAAGCUUCCCGUCAGUCCUGUGCUUCAGGAGCUUUUUCAUCUUUUUGACAGGAACGGCGAUGGCACUAUUGAUUUUAGAGAAUAUGUCAUCGGUAUGACAGUGUUGUGUCGACCAGCGAACACAGAGGAAGUCAUCCAGACAGCAUUUAAGCUUUUUGACAUAGACGAGGACAACAGCAUCACCGAGUUUACUAGCCUGCUUCGCACCACUCUCGGUGUCUGUGAUCUCGACGUCAACCAACUCUUUGAUGAAAUUGAUAUUGAUGGAUCAGGACAUAUCACAUAUGAUGAGUUUCUCUCUUUUGCUUACACCCACCCCGAGUAUGCUAAACUCUUCACAACAUACAUUGAGUUCCAGCGAUACCAGUGCUUCCUGGGAGAAGGACCCCUCCCGAACCUCAUCUACUCCUCUAUGAAUCCCCUGGGCGAGCAGCAGGAAGACUGCAACUUGGACAAGAAGGAUGACUAAGCACCUUAUAUCAAGAGCAAAGUCAUAUCCAUUACACUGUGAGGCAAUCAGCAAAGCACACUUCUGCUAGAAAUAAUUGUGCUUCUGCAGAAUCCAAAAGAAAAUAUUGCUGUGGAUCAGUACAUUAAGUAUAUGCACAUAUUUUCCCCCCAAAUUUAGAUGACGUUACUGGAUACUGUAGUUAGCAUUCAAACGCUGGUGUGUUUCUGCAAAUAGCUGAUGAUUAUACUGUACCACUGUGACUUUAUUAAUCCAAAGAUACAAAGUUUACAACUUUACAAAAAUUCUUCUUCAAACACUGUAAAAGCCAGCUAUAUACAGAGUCAGCCAAAUAAAAAAAAUGCAUACCCACUUCAACAUGAAACGUAUCCGCCUCUCUUCUGACGAUCACAUGAUAGAAUGUAACUACUGACAUCUUUAGAGGAAACAUAAUAUUACACAUUGCUACCAUAAUUCAAUUUGAGGUUUAGAAGUGAACAGGAAAAUGCUAAUCUUUGCAUUUAAUUUAGAGCAAUGUGACGUUUAGUUUGUCAUUUUUCAGAUUUUUCUCAUAAUUUAUCAGUGGAUAAAAUCAAUCUAAUACUUGAUUUGAUACCAUCCUUUGCAGUUAUCUCCUUUUGAACUCAGCUGUAAAGAUGUAACCCAGUGGUUUCUAAUCUACGUUGCUUUUCCCUUACUUUCCUUUCCUUGGUGUGUAACAAUUGUUUUUAUAUCCAUUUUUUUUAUUUUAUAAAGUUAGCAUUCUGCAUUCUCUCUUAGUCACUUAUACAUUAGUGUGAGCCAAGAAGGGCCAAAUCUCUGUUACUGUUUACAGACUGUUUUUUUUUAUUUUAUUAAGCACUAUUUUAAAUUUACAAUAAAGCUACAUGGAUUCUAA